AUGGCCACGAGUGAGCUACCUGGGUUCUUCUCAUCGUUAGCACUGGACGGCCCAUCAAAUGACCGUACCAUCGUCGUUGCUGUAGACUUUGGCACCACGUACUCAGGACUGGCAUGGUCGCAGACACGUCGACCAGACAUCCAAACCACAAUCACCCAAUGGCCCGUUGCCGGAUCUCAGGGCUUAGAGGGUCGGACAAGUGAAAAGGUCCCGACCGAGAUACGCUACAACGGCAAAGAAUACCAAUGGGGUUUUCAAAUCAGCGAUGAACUCCCACGGCAUCAAUGGUUCAAACUCGAUCUCGACACAACUUCGAGGAGUGGUAUAUCAGAUCUAGCCAGGCGCUUUCCAGCUCGCGCUGCUUUGCCUCCUGGAUACAAUACGGAUGUGAAAAAGCUUGUCACUGAUUAUUUGACGGCUCUUCGUCAGCAUACAGACACUUUCCUGAAAUUGAAAUUACCAGAGGCUGCUUUACGUUCAACGGCCAUCGAGUAUAUCAUAACAACUCCCGCAGUAUGGUCGCCUGCCGCGCAGGCUGCGACUCGAGAGUGUGCAGAGAAAGCGGGAAUGGGCCGAGGGGAUCUUUUGCAGAUCAUAUCUGAGCCGGAAGCAGCAGCAACAUAUGCGCUUGAUGCUCUGAAUCCUCAUGAUGUAAAAGUAGGAGAUACGUUUGUUCUCUGCGACGCUGGUGGUGGCACUGUGGACUUGAUAUCAUAUACCGUGUCUGGGCUUGCACCGUCACUAAAGGUCGACGAAGCCGCCGGAGGAAAUGGAGGCCUCUGUGGAAGUACCUACCUCAAUCGUAUCUUCGAACAGUUCCUUAUUGCCAAGUUCGGACAGAAUGAGGGAUGGGAUGACGAUGUUAUUGAGGAGGCUUCAAAGAGAUUUGAGGAGCUAAUUAAGAGAAGAUUUACAGGAGAUGUCAGCGAAUCUUUCCAAAUCCCAGUGCCGGGGCUUGUCGACAAUUCCCAGCAGGGUGUUAAGCGAGGGAAAUUUAGCCUCAGCGGCUCGGAGAUCGUCCAAAUUUUUAGCCCAGUUCUCGACGAAGUCAUUGCCCUUGUUAUUGGGCAAAUAAAGUCCACUAAGCGGGAGGUCAAAGCAGUCCUCCUGGUUGGUGGUUUUGGGGAGAGUGCUUACCUGCGAAAAUCUUUGCGCCAGGCCGUCGGCUCCAAAGUUGAGAUAUUGGUACCGCCAAACAGCUGGACAGCGGUCGUCCGUGGCGCUCUUAUGAAAGGUCUGGCAAAAGCAGCGCCGAGGCUUGAAAGGGUCAAAGUUCUCUCUAGGUCAGCGCGUAAGCACUAUGGGUCGGAGUCGCAUAUGACAUUCAACGCUUCGCUUGGCCAUCUUGAAAGCCACAAAGCGUGGGAUCCAUACGCUGCUGAGCACGAAAAUUUAGCAAUGCACUGGUAUAUCAAAAAGGUUAGCUCUAUUGCUCUUGCCGAUUCCAGCAUAUUGAGACUGGUGCAGGGAGACCCUGUCAAAGAAGAUAAGCCGGCGCGGUUCAAGUACUACACAACUUCUCUGGUCUCUGAUGGCCCACCGUCCCAACUUAAUUCUGGAAUUUUCGUGUGUGAAGACCCUCAGGAGAAAGGCGCACCAGUGUAUAGAAAUGAUGGUGUCAAGGAACUUGUGCGACUCACGACUGAUCUGUCAUGUAUACCCGAGUUGACUAUUGACCGAAGCGUUGGGAAGGACGGUAAGAAAUAUUAUCGUUGCGACUACUGCAUUGAGAUGACAAGCUAUUCGGCGUCGACAAAGUAUGAGAUGGUUUUCAAAGGCAUUCAUUACAGCAGCGUUGAGGCUGAGUACGUGUAA